GAAGAAUUGUUAGCGUAUUUAUCCCACUGCAUUUGCGUCAUAAUAACAAAACUAGAUGCCGAGACUACCGGAUUCAGCUGCUGCCCGAGAAAAAUACGCAGUAUAACGUUAAUAUUUAAUCAGCCCGCAAGCGAAACGACAGAAAAUGUCUCAAGAAGGAUUUCAACCAGCCUCCGCGGACACGAGCUUGAGCUCACACGAGUCGCAGAGGACGCACCCCAGGAAGACGCCGAUACAAAUCCUGCAUGAGUACGGCACCAAAAGCGGCAACCUCCCCGUGUAUGUGAUGGAGAAGGCUGAAGGAGAAGCUCACCAACCGCACUUUGUCUUCAGCGUGAGGAUCGGAGACGUCGACUGCUCAGGUCAAGGUCCGAGUAAAAAGGCUGCUAAACACCAGGCGGCAGAAGCCGCCCUGAUUAUUCUCCAUAUAGACUACAGCAAAGUGAGCGUUCCUGUGAAUUCGGAAAGUAACGGCGUCGUAGCAGAAACAAACCAGCCCAACUCCGUGGGGAUACUGCAGGAGUUGGCGUUGCAGAGGGGAUGGCGCCUCCCUGAAUACACAGUUUUAAUGGAGGCCGGUCCGCCGCACAAGAGAGAGUUCACCGUUACUUGUAGAAUGGAGUCCCUGUCAGAGAAAGCUGCGGGAAAUUCAAAAAAGGCGGCGAAAAAGGCCGCCGCGGAGAAAAUGGUGUCAAAACUUCAGAGUCUGUCGGGCUGCUCUGAAAUCACGUGGACGCCCAAACCGAGCGUCCGAUUCGAGAACCUAAGGAGCUCGACGGCGGAGACCAUCUGUCUACUGAGAAGAAACCCGCUGAGCAUCCCCAACACGGAUUACAUUCAGAUGAUGUUGGAGCUGUCCAAGGAGCAGGGCUUUGAGGUCACGUACUUCGACAUCGACGAGCUGACGGUGAACGGCCAGUACCAGUGCCUGGCGGAGCUGUCCACCUCCCCGGUGACCGUGUGCCACGGCACCGGCAUCUCCUGCAGCAACGCUCACAACGACGCGGCGCACAGCGCCCUGCAGUACGUCAAGCUCAUGGCCACCACCAAGUGAAACCUCCACCCUCCGCGCGGCCGUGGACCUCCCGCUAGUCCGCCCGCCAGUGGACGCUGUACAGUCAUGGUAUAUUUUUAUAAGUAGGUGUGUCACACAGCAGGUCAUGGUCCAUGAUAAGUGUACGCACACCGUAGAGAGCUGACCAACCUCCCCAAUGUCAAGGAUCAAAGAGGGACGAGACGUUGUCUUCAGGUCGUGUCCAACCGGGGAUAUUUAAGGAAAUGCACAUGUGUAAAUGAGCAUGCAGCGGUGAAUAACAUGAAGCAUUUCCACGUUGCAUUUUUUCAUAAUAGGGUUUAUUUAGUAUUUGUUGUCUUGCUUUAAGGGACCUGCCCCCCCCUCCCUUUCCAGUCAGGAUGCUGUUGAAGUUUUCAGGUUAAGUUCUCUUAAUUAAAUGUUUUGCCCCCCCCCCCCCCCUCUACACCCUGUAUCAUUAUAUUGAGCUGUCUUGCGCCAAUAGAAUAUUUUAAACUUCUACUUCUGACAUCUGCCUUUCUCUUAAGUCACAUGAAAAGGCGAACUGUUAAAUUGUUAAAAGGAUGGUCUGCAUUUUGGUCCAGUUAGGUGUAAUUAGUGCCCCCUCCCCCCAUUUGUCCAACUGUCAGUCAGUGUGCGAUCUCCAGUUUAAUGAGCUUACAGACUACAUUCAUUGGUGCAGAGCAGCAACGUGUGUGAAUCCAGAAAAUAAACCAAACACUAAAUGUCAA